CCCAGUGUAUUUGCUAUAUGGAUCAAGGCUUUUGCUGUUCUUUCCGAUAAUGCUGCUUUCGCUUUUUCCAGUGAAAGAGCCAGUUUCCAAAAAGGAAGUGAAGCUAUCGAGAAUCAUCAGUACCGCGACGAUGACACUUUCGCACUCAUUGCUGCUGCCGUUGCUCUUACCGGCAUGGCUUCCGACGACCUCUGGGAACAAUUUGGUGCAUUUUUCGUAGAAUUUGUUUGCACACAAGGAUGGGAAGACUUGCUACGCUCGAUGAGCCCAGAUAUUGUGGGUUUUUUUGAUGGGCUGGAUUCGCUGCAUAAUUUCAUAAGUUUUGCACUGUACAAAAGCAAUUUUGCUGGGCCAUCAUUUCGUUGCGAAAAAUCUGACGAUGGCUCUGUGUUACUGCAUUACUACACCAAUCGACACGGCAUUUAUCCUUUCGUUAAAGGUUAG